GGGUGUCCCGGGUCUGGGACCGAGAAGAGCUGUGACGCUGUAGGAGCGGUCACCUUGUCAUAUGGCGCUCGGCCAGACUUCAGUCAUAGCUUGAUAACCGCUCCACCAACACCAUCCCGACAAAACAAGAAGAAGAAAAAAGAACUUGGAAGAAGAGAGAGGUCGUCCGGAAAUUCCAUUCGCCUCCUGCAACGUCCUUGAUCUUCCCGCUAGGUGACAAGGCACACUCGAGGAUUUACGACGUGACAGAUUUAUAGUGUUUUACAGUGUGUGAACAGUGUCAGUGGUACAGUGACAGUGCAGUGAACACGAGAGGGAGAGAGAGGGGGCAAGGAGAGAGGGAGAGAGUACCUUGGAGAGCCUUGGCUGACAUUGAUGGAGUUUCACCUGGAUAGUGCAGAGUAUUGUCAGGCUCAGCACAAAUAGACAGUUCCGGCGAAAGCGCGUUGAGUUGUUGUGUGUGCGUGAACGCCAGCUCCAUCCGAGCACCGAUAGUCAUCUGGUGAGCUACUCGGGAAGAAAAUUCUGCCCUUGGUGGCCUGUCUUGAAUGGGGUGAAGAGUAAAGGAGUGCGGAGUGCGUAGUGGAACGAAAGAGACAAGGGAGUGUUUUAUUUCCGGCUCAUCAGCUUGAUGACAUUCGGUGCGUUUCUGUAAACAUUACACUAGGCGAUAAUAUCGAAUUGUUCUCUCUAGUUGUGGACGGACUGCGUCAGUCUCUCUGUGUUCAUGUGCGGUAACUUGUGUGUCUGGUGAACCUUGCGUAUUGCAUCCGUACUUUGUGUUGCCUACAAGACUUGUAGUUUUUUCUAUAUUUUGCCAGAUCUGAAUCAAAUUUUUUACGAGAGAAUAUUUUUUGAUCUAAUAAGAUUUAAGUGAGAACUCAAGAGUAAAUACAUCACAUUAAGAUAAGCCCUUUUAUAAAAUUUUGGUUGAGAUCGUGUUUAAUUUUUAUAUUUCGGAAUGAGUAAUAUCAUCAUAGAAAACAUGAGGACGAAGGAUAUACGGCCUCCUCCCUGCGAGAUAGAAUACAAGAACAUGAAGUUCCUAAUCACGGAUAGACCCACAGAUCAGACGAUCCAGCACUAUAUUCAGCAGGUUAAUUUAACAACUGUAAGGAAGAUCGGGCCGUGGUUGCAGGAACUGAAGAAACACAAGGUGCGGGACGUGGUACGAGUGUGCGAGCCAACCUACAAGGUGGAUGAGCUCAGCACUGAGGGUAUCAGUGUGACGGACCUCGCCUACGACGAUGGCACUUCACCGCCUUCUGAGGUCGUGGAUGAGUGGUUCGAACUACUGAAGAAGAGGUUCAAGGAGGAGCCGGAGGCGUGUGUCGCAGUUCACUGCGUGGCUGGCCUGGGACGAGCUCCGGUACUCGUGGCACUGGCCCUCAUUGAGCUGGGUAUGAGGUACGAGGAUGCUGUGGAACUCAUCAGACAAAAACGCAGGGGGGCGAUCAACGCCAAGCAGUUGCAAUUCCUGGAGAAGUAUCGACCAAAGUCCAGGCUCAAACUGAGGAACGGACACAAGAACUCCUGCACCAUCCAGUAAACGUCUCUUCUGUCAUCUGCUGUCAUCUGCGUUCUCUUUUAAAACCUAACAAGAAUUUAAAUAUUCUGGAAGUUUACAAGUGUUAACGACUAAUAUCUUAGUGAUAACUCAGUUUGUAUGUUCAGUCUUUCAUUUGUUUCAUCAGCAAUCUAUACACAUGUAUUCGUACAAAAGUAUUUUUGUGUUUUAGUAUUUAAAGUAAUUAUUUCCAGUUAUGAUUCCUCAUGGUGGACGAUUACCAUUGUUAGGCAUGAUAUUUGUUGGCAGUGGUUCGCUGCUUUAGUUUACCGUCGUAACUUUAGUACACAGUAGCGUGACCCUGUACAUCUGUCACAGUUCAAUUCCGUUUGUUCCGUUAUUUGUUCGUACACCGCUGGAAUAGUUGUUGUUCAUGUUAAACUGUUACAAAUCUAUCUAUCGUCAGUGUAAGCCGCCUUAAACUGUUUAUUUUUCAAACACUAUUUUCAGAAAAUCUUUUCCUAAGCACUGCCAAAACGAACCGGGUCGCAUCGAUUGCUGGUGACCAGACAACUGGUCGCAUAACUGGCGACAAGAAUCGUUACUGGAAAGAUUCUCUUCUGUUCUGUCGUGUUUAGCUCGUCGAUAGUAGUUCGCUUUUAAUUAUGUUUUAAUGUUAAGUUCAAGAUAGUUCUGUACUUUAGAUUUAUAUUUAUAUACCAUUCAGUGUAAAUUUAACUAUUAAUUGUAUUAAUCAGUUAGGUAUUAAGUGGAUUUCUUGAGUUAAGGCAUGUAGUACAAUUUUUAGAUUGCCUCAUUCAGUUGGCAUGCCCUCUUACGGUCAAGUUUCCCCAACACUGGAGCCUGAAAAGUUAUUUUUUCUAAGAUAGGUCCAAAGAAAUCGAAGAGUCACAAUGUUGGAGGUUUAUUUUAUCAUUUUAUUUUUGUAACUGAAUGGCUUUCUUUUUAAUUGUUUGAUUAUUGUGAAAAUGUGUUACGUGGAGACUCCUUGUUAGUUUUAUCCUGUAUGCUUGUAAUGUGUGCGUAAGCAUGGGUAAUCCAAUAGUUAGGAACCAAAAUUAGUAGUUUGUUUGGUUUCUAACUGUUGGAUAAUCUGUGCGUAGAAACCAAAUAGAUUAAUGAUUUAUUUGGUUUUUAACUGUUGGAUCAUCUGUGUUUACGCACAGUUAGAAACCAAUUAAAUUAUUAAUUACAGUGGAAUUAUAUAUGUAAUGAAAUAAACCAAUAAAAAAACUUAAACACCA